AUGGCAGGGGGAGGCCAGGUGGUGACAGUGCUUGGCAGUACUGCCCAGAACAGUACAGCCAGGGCCAGUCUUCCUGGGAUGCUCGGAGACCACGUCAGACAGACCAGAAGUGCCCACAGCCCUCCAGUCACAGCCCCCACCUCCCACUGCCCUGACUGUGGGGCUCCCCAGCUUGGGGAUCUGCUCCUGGAGGAGUUAGGUCACCCAGAAGAAGAAGGGAAAACUGAGAGCCCACGACCUGGGGGCAUGAGUGUGCAGCAUAGACGUCGCUGGCUGGACGACAUUCCUGUCACUUGGUUUCUCUUCCUCCGCCCUCCAUCCUCUGACUCCUCACAGGUUCCUCCUGUCUGUCCGCACUCUCUCAGCAUCACUUCCUGUCUUUGUGUUUUUCUCCUUUUUUCUCUUUCUCCCGCUGCCCCCCUCUUUGUCUCCCUGCUACUCCAUCAUUUUCUGACUUUCUGA